AUGGAUUACGAGCAAGGCGGCGGCGCUGGCCGCGGCCGCGGGAGAUCUCGCGGCGGCGUCGGCGGGCGUGGCGGGGCGCCCGGUGGGUACGGGCCUCAAGGAGGCGGCGGAGGCUACGGAGGAGGCGGUCAAGGCCGGGGCGCUCAGGGAAGCGGUGGAGGAUACGGAGGAGGCGGAGGCUACGCGCCCCAAGGGGGCAUGGAGGGCCGCGGGGGCGGCUACGCGCCUCGCGGCGGAGGGUACGCUCCUCGCGGGGGCGGCGAGGGCCGCGGACGAGGCUAUGGUCCUCAGGGAGGCGGCGAGGGCCGCGGAGGCGACUACGGCGGAGGCGGGCCGGGAGGGCGUGGUCCUGGCGGCGGUGGGCGUGGGUACGGCCCCGGCGGUGGGCGUGGUGGGAACGCGUGGGCGCAGCCUGGGAGAGGGCCCGCCGGAGGACCCGGGGAAUACGUUCCGGUGAGGGCGCCGGCGCCAGCGUCUGCGGCGAGGAGGGUUGAGUCCGAGGAGGCGGGGCGCUCAUCUGGAUCCGUCGAACGCAUCAGCUCCAAAGAAGUGGCAAAAUUAGAACCACUAGCGCCCCCAGUUGCUGUGUCUCCCAAUGGCAUACGUGUGCCAAUGCAAAGACCUGAUGGUGGUGGAACAUUAUGUCAAGCCAGGGUCCAGCUUUUGGUAAACCACUUCAUAGUCAAGUACCCAAAGCUGUCAACCUUUUUCCACUAUGACAUAGAUAUCAAGUUUGAUCCAGCGUCUUCAAAGGUUUCUGGCAAGGAGCUCUCCAAUGCAGAUUUUCUUUCUGCAAAGGCCGAGCUUUUCAAGGAUGACAGCUUUCGGCAGCUUUCAUCGGCUGUUGCUUAUGAUGGAAAGAGAAACCUAUUUACUGUUGCACAACUGCCAGAAGGUUUAUUCCGUGUCAGAGUUAGUUCAAAGACCUACAUUGUAUCAGUAGAGUUCAAGAAGCAGCUUCCUCUAAGCCAACUCUCGGAGCUGCCUGUGGCUAGGGAGAUCUUACAGGGUCUUGAUGUCAUUGUGCGUGAGGCUUCUAGCUGGAGCAAGAUUAUACUUGGUCAUGGAUUUUACUCACCACAAAGCAAAGUGGAUAUGGGGUCAGGUGUUGUAUCUAUGAAAGGAACCCAGCAGACCCUUAAACACACUCAGCAGGGACUGGUCCUAUGUGUCGACUAUUCAGUUAUGCCAUUUCGCAGAGAUGGACCUGUUCUGGAUAUCGUGCGGCAGUUUAUAAAGCCCCUUCCCCUCGACUACAGGACAGCACUGAACAAGACUCAUCGGGAAAAGUUGGUGUAUGAGCUCAAAGGCCAGCGUGUUAAUGUGUCCCACCGGAAGACUAAGCAGAAGUACACUAUUCAAGGCUUCACUGAUUUGCCAGCCAGCCAGAUCACCUUUUUAGAUUCGGAAUCAGGGCAGUCAAGGAAACUUGUUGACUAUUUUGCUCAGCAGUAUGGCAAGGUGAUUGAGUAUCAGAUGCUUCCAUGCCUGGAUUUGAGCAAGAGCAAAGACAAACCAAAUUAUGUGCCCAUUGAGCUUUGUAAGCUUAUUGAAGGACAGAGGUAUCCAAUGGCAAAUUUGAAUAAGGACACUGAUAGAGCACUGAAAGGCAAGGCUUUAAUUAAGGCAGCUGAGCGGAAGUGGGAGAUUGAGACUGCGGUCAAAGCUGAAGAUGGGCCUUGCAGGGGAGAAAUAGCUCAACAGUUUGGGAUUUCUUUGGAUGUGAAGAUGAUGGAAGUCACUGGCAGGGUCCUUUCUCCUCCCAUGCUGACACUCGGCUCCUCCAGAGGAGCCCCUGGCAAUUUAAGUAUCACUCCAUCUAAUUGCCAGUGGAACCUCAUGGGGAAGAAGCUGGUAGAAGGCAAAGCACUUCAGUGCUGGGGCAUUGUGGACUUCAGUGCACGGCCAUCUCACAACAAGCAGCAAGCGCUUGAUGGGAACAUGUUUAUUAACUAUAUCGUCAGGAAGUGCUGUGACCUUGGCAUUCAGAUGAACAAGACAGCAUGUUUUGUGCAUCUAUCGACAAUGUCAGUGCUAUCAGAUCCACACCAACUGUACGAGGAGCUGAACAAAGCCAAGCAGGCUGCGGUGAAGAAGAACCAGAAGCUGCAGCUCCUCUUCUGCCCGAUGUCUGAACAGCAUCCUGGGUACAAGACACUGAAGCUGAUCUGCGAGACGCAGCUGGGGAUCCAAACCCAGUGUUUCUUGAGCCACCUCGCAAACAAAACCCAGGGCCAGGACCAGUACAUGUCCAACCUUGCUCUCAAGAUCAACAGCAAGCUUGGGGGCAUCAACGUCCAGCUCCAGGACAAGCUCCCACUGGACAACGGUGUUCCUUACAUGUUCAUCGGCGCGGACGUGAACCACCCGUCACCCGGGAAUGUGGAAAGCCCGUCGAUAGCAGCUGUGGUUGCGUCCAUGAAUAGGGGCGCCACCAAGUACGUGCCUAGAAUCCGCGCCCAGCCACACCGCUGUGAGGUGAUCAAGAACCUCGGCGAGAUUGUCCAAGAACUCAUCGGUGUCUUUGAGAAGAAGGCCGGCGUAAAGCCUCAGAAGAUCAUUUACUUCCGUGAUGGCGUGAGUGAUGGGCAGUUCGAGAUGGUCCUUAACGAGGAGCUUGCAGACAUGGAGAAGGUGAUCAAGGUGAAGGGCUACUCGCCGACGAUCACCGUGAUUGUGGCCAAGAAGCGGCACCACACGCGGCUGUUCCCCAAGGAGCACAACGAGCCGCUGCAGACGAAGAACGGCAAUGUGCUCCCUGGCACGGUGGUGGACACCAGAAUUGUCGACCCUGUGACGUACGACUUCUACCUGUGCAGCCACAAUGGGCUGAUAGGGACCAGCCGGCCGACGCACUACUACAACCUGAUGGACGAACACGGCUACGGGUCGGACGACUUGCAGAGGCUGGUGUACAACCUCUGCUUCGUGUUCGCGCGCUGCACCAAGCCCGUAUCACUGGCGACGCCCGUCUACUACGCUGACCUGGCGGCAUACCGUGGCAGGCUCUACUAUGAGGGCAUGCUGGCGUCCCAGCCCCAGGUGCGCAGCUCGUCGUCCUCGGCCUCCUCCGCAGCGGCGGGUGCUUCUGACUUCAGCAACUUCCCGAUGCUGCACGUGGAUCUUCAGGACAACAUGUUCUUCAUCUGA